AUGGAUCAGAGAAUUAUGUUACUUUUAUUAAUUAAAUAUUUUCUGUUUAUGCUUUUAACAUGGAUAUGUGAUUUAUGGAAUGAUGCGAGGUCCAUAAAUAAAUCUUUGUAUGAUAACUUAAAAGUUAAUAGAAAAUUAGAUAUAGGAAAUUACAGAUUACUAGCAAAAUGUAAGAAGAAAAAGGAUUUAAAUAUUGUAUCGUUAAAUGAAGAUAUAGCAGAUAACGUAGAGUGCGAGAAGAAAACAACAUAUAAUAAUGAAAAUGUGUUCACAAAACUAAAGAAACAAUCUAAUAUAUAUCCAUUAAAUAAGGCGCAGUACUACACAGAAGUUAUGAAUUAUAACAAUGGAAUUUUUGAUGGAAAAUAUUUUCAUUUUGAAAAAAAAUGGAUCAAGAAAAAAGAUUAUGAUAAUUUUCUCGAAAAAAACAGGAGAAUUAGAGACAUAAAAUUAAAAAAAAUAAAAUUUAGAAGCUACGGAUUUGGAGUUGCUAUAUUUAUUCUUUUUUUCUUGUUUGGAAUAGGAUUACCCAUAUUAAAAGGAUUAGAUUAUUUGAAUGAAGUGUUAUCACCUUUGGAGAGUGUGCUAACAAGUUUAGCUUCAGAUGAAGCAAAAAAGUUCUCUUUUCUAAUACUAUUUGGCAUAGUUAUCAUUAUAUUAUCUGUUUUAAUUAUAGGAUCAAUUCCCAAAAUCUUAAAAAAUAAUGAAAAAUAUAAAAAAAUUAAGUAUAUGACUGAGUGA